CGCACUCGUCCCCAGCACAGAGGCUGAUAGGUAGUGGUGAGAGGGAGCUGUGCGAGGAUGGCAAGUGAAUGUGGGCUGGGAAGCGUGCCUCUAUCGGUGGUUGGCCAUGGUGUGUGGUGGGCGACGCGGCAGAGGUUGAGCAGCUCGACGGUGCACGGCGGCAAGUUGGAGUGCGAUGGGCUUGAUAGGGGAUGGCAGGCUGGGAGGCGGCGGCAGGCGGCCAGCGUACGCGAGGCUGCUGCGAGUAGCGCUGGCGAUGAUGGUGGGGAAAAGGAUCCGCUGACCUUUGGCGGUGUGCGGCUCAAGGCGGUGCUGGCGGGGAUGUUCUCGGGCAUGGCGGGAACGGCCAUGGGUCAGCCGAUGGACAUGAUCAAGGUCCGGCUGCAGACGCAGGCGCACAUGUAUACCGGAGCGAUGGACGCAUUGCGGACGAUUGUGCGACAGGAGGGCUGGCUGGCGCUGUACAAGGGCAUGCUUCCGCCGAUGGUCUCGAUGGUGGUGACGUGCUCCAUCUCGUUUGGCACCUACGAUGCCAUCAAGCACUUUCUCCUCGCCAACUUUCCGCAUCUCACCUCGCCGGAGCGACCCGAGUGGCCGGCAGCCAAGAUGUACUUUCUCGCCGGUGGCCUGACCGCGCUCAUGCUCACCCCGGUGACGACGCCGUCGGAGCUGGUCAAGAUCCGCGCCCAGCUCGACAACGUCGGCAAGAACCGGUUCUCCAACUCGGUCCAGGUCCUGCAGCACGUUGUCCGCAAGCACGGCGCCUCGGCGCUAUACACGGGAUACUCGGUCAACGCACUGCGCGAGAUCAUGUUUGUCUCGAUCUACUUUGGCGUCUACGAGGUGGCUAAGCGCAACCUGCAGAUGCGGCUGGCGGGCUCGCUCGACGUCGAUGACGCCGCCUCGCCGCUCCUCCUGCGGAUCGCCAUUCCCUUUGCCGGCGGCGCUGCCGGCGCCUUUGCUUGGACAGCUUCCUUCCCGCUCGACGUUCUCAAGUCGGACAUCCAGUCAUCGCGCCUCACUCCGCGCCCGAGCUUUGCCGCAAUGACCUCGAUGGUCCGCCGGCGCUGGGUCCGUCUCGGCUGGCGCGGCUUUUACCGCGGCGCCACAACCUCGAUCAUGCGUGCCUUUCUGGUCUCCUCCACCCGCUUCUCCGCCUACGAAUUUGCUGUCUCGGUCCUCACCAAGGUAUUUGCUCCGCAUCUCCACCCUGACUUUGACGAUGACAACAUCCUCGUCGCCUCGGAGAGCGAUGGCCAUGACCAUGACGUCGGCCGACGCAUGGAAAAGACUCCGUGAUCGGAAAGGCUAUGUAACAAGUACCACAAUGAACAAUGAACCCACUCUAGUUUGA